UGCGAAAAAAUGAAACGAACACGGCUAUUUAUUUCAUAUUUAUUUUGUAGAAACUCCCACAAACAUUGUAAAUUAAGUGGAUUAAUUGUUGGAAAAAGAAAGGCAUUAGUGUUGGAGCAAAAAUGGGAAUGGUAAAAUAUGGUGCACAAGUUACAUUCACAAAAGAGCUACCUAUAGCCUAAACCUAUUAAUUAUAAUAUUAUUCUUUAUAGACAGUGCAACAGGACGCAUUUAAACUGUACCAGUAUCAACAUAAUUUGUAAUAGCGAAAUGGCUCUCAACAAAACAUUUGCAUCGAUCAGUCAGGAACCUAUAGUGAAAGCAGAAUCUGAUGAUUUGCUGGACAAGGAUAUUAGUAAAGUUGAAAUUAAAGUAGAACCAGACUUUUACUGUGACAAUCCUGAAGAGGAAGACUGUAAUUUAGAUGUGGACAAGUUGAAUGUCAAGACUGAGACUGACAGGGAGAAUGAUCCCGGAGUCCCAACCGUGUGGUUCCCGGCUCAUUCACAAGAUGCAUUUAAAGAGGACCAAGAACUCAACAGAAAUGAAUUCAAAAAAGAUUCAAAGGCAAAAUGUGUAUCAAAAGGGAACGAUCAGGUUAAGACAAACAGAUCUCGAGUCAUUCUGGAGAAGAACUACACUUGCGAAUCGUGCAACCGUCGGUAUACUCGCAAGGGCCACCUCGUCCGCCACAUGAAGACCCACACCCAGGACAAACGGUACACAUGCAAUCUGUGCAAAAGUAUGUUCACCGACAGGGAACAUCUCGAGUCGCACACGAGAGACCACCUGCGGGAAUCGGCGCACGCAUGCGAGGUGUGCGGGCGGCGGUUCCUGACCGACGACCGACUGCUCGCCCACGCCGAGACCCACACGCGGCCGAGGGUGACGUGCGAGACGUGCGGCCGAGGUUUCGCGGACGGCAAGACUCUAAACAGGCAUAUGAGGAAGCACACGCAGGAGAAGAGGCACGGCUGCGACGCGUGCGGCCGCAAGUUCCACGAGCGGCAUCAGCUGAUCGUCCACGAGCGAACUCACACAGGCGAGAGACCGUUCGCCUGCGAGACGUGCCCCAGACGGUUCGCCGACAGCGGCCACCUGCGGGUCCACGUGCGCACACACACGGGCGAGAAACCGUACCCGUGCGACGCGUGCGACAGGAGCUUCGCGGUGCGGCGGUCGCUGUUGCUGCACCAGCGCACGCACACGGGCGAGAAGCCGCACGCGUGCGCGGUGUGCGGGCGGCGGUUCGCGGACCGCGGCCGCCUGGUGCUACACGCGCGCCUGCACAGCGGCGAGCGGCCCUACGCCUGCGAGGUGUGCGCGCGCCGCUUCACCGAGAACUGCCACCUGGUGGCGCACCGCCGCACGCACACCGGCGAGAAGCCCUUCCCCUGUCGCCUGUGCGGCCGGAGCUUCGCGCAGCGCCAGUCCCUCAAGUCCCAUAUGAGGACUCACGCGCCCCGGGAGGAGGACCUGCCCGCCUAUGACGAGGACGAGAAAACGUAAUCAGACCCAAAAUUACCCUACCGUUUUACAGGAUUAAACAUUAUUAUUACUACCUACUCGUAAAAUAAAAAAAAUUACA